AUGAAGAAUAAGAGACUUGCUCGAGGGAAUAACAAUAACUGUGGGGGACCAACUCGUUCCAGCAAUCAAAAUCGUGGACGAGGAGGAAAUGGGAAGAAGCCCUACGAGGACUCUAGAGAACCUAAAGGGGAUUAUAAUAAUUCAUUGGAACCUAGUGCUGGAGACAGAGGAGACCUCUUUAAGCCAAAGGCUUAUUGUUUCAAGUGUGGAGAUCCAGGACACUAUGCUGACAAAUGUUCCGCAAAGAGCGAUCUAUGUUAUCGUUGUCGUGAGCCAGGACAUCUUGCUAGGGACUGCAAGGCAUAA